GUAUUUUAAAAUAUGAAUAAAAAUGAUUAGCAUGGUGGACAGAGACAAAGGAGUUCCAAAUAAGGGUGGCCUUUUUGUGCAACAUCAAUAUCCAAAGGCGCAUGAACUGUCCCGACGUAAUGGCGACGAUCUUUAGGUGCAGACGACUAUUCACACAGUCACGUUAUUGUGUAUGUGUUAGUGGGUAACGAAAUCCCGUAUUCUGAUUGGAGCAUUGAGGGGAUGCUGGGAUCGAUGGGCGUGAACUAAACAGGGGAUGAAACUCCGCCCAUCUCGAUAGCGUCAAUCUAGUCGCUCUGCACCCUCGCGCUUAGAUCUUAUCAGAUAGAGUUUUGCGUUGGUGAAAAACCGGUCGGAAAUCGUGCGGAAAAUCCUUUUCUUUUGCUCCCUGUAAAAAAAAAAGGUAUUAUGAGAUCCGGGUAUUUUUGAAAACAUCCCUUGGUGCCUGCAGUGUUUCCUUUUGUCAUUUAUUGGUCUCUUUGUUUUUAAUAUUUUUUUUCGCAAAAAGACGUUUUGUGAUUCGCUGUGUAGGUUAAUGCGAUAGCACGGUGCAAUGUGCUUUUGAAGAUACAGAAAAAAAUCGUUAUGCAAUUUGAAAAUUUUGUGUCGCGAGGAAAACGUAGAUGUUGUGAACGCAGCCAAAAUCAAUGCAUUACCUAUGCCCCGUGUAUUUAGUGAUUUCAAGUGGAAAAAGGAAACAAGGAUCCUUUUUGAAGAGCGUUCUGGAAUUUUGCUUAUAAUAUCGUCUUUUGUCGGAUAAUGGAGAGGGAAGCCCUUCUUCCACUUGCUGCUUGCUGUAACUUGAGUUUUCAACCGCGACGAAGAGAUAGAGAGAACGCGAUGGGAAAUGGCGGACAUAAUAUUGUUAAUGGCGUCGGUCCUGGCUCCGGGACUUUAUCGCGAGAGGAAAGACGUCGCAGGCGUCGCGCCACGCAAAAGUAUCGAACGGCACACGCAACGCGUGAAAGAGUAAGAGUCGAGGCAUUCAAUUCAGCGUUCGCUGAAUUGCGAAAACUCUUACCGACCCUGCCGCCGGACAAGAAGCUUUCCAAAAUCGAAAUUCUACGUCUGGCCAUCUGUUACAUCGCCUACCUCAAUCACGUUCUGGAAGCGUAGUUGAUAUCAAUGAAAAAUAUUCAUUCUCUCUUCCUUAUUAUUUCUCUCCCCCCUCCCCCUCCAUCUCACAAGAAUGCGUUUCUCGAAAAUUGGGUUAACCUAAAAAUAUUAGCUCUAACGAAUCGUUCAGCCUUGUACAUAACCUGCCUAUUUGUGAUAAGGGGCUCCAGUGCCCCGUGUACUGUGUAUCUGU